AUUGGGAGGGGGAGGUUGAGCAGAGGACAGCUCCUUCCAGUAAGGGAAAUCUUAGCUCUACGAUGCUUUUUUCCAGUUAAUCAUCUAAGGCGACGGUGUGAUGAGACCAUAAAAGAGGGAGAGAAGCUGCUUGUCGGGCGCAGUCGUUGCGGAGCGGCGGCAUUUGCAAGUUCACAGGCAGGAUCAUGUGGGCGGUGAGGCUAGCACUGUGUUUUGCGUGGCUACUCUGCUCAGAGAGCCUGAGGAGGAAUGCUCUGCUUGAUUAUGAAAAGAGUGAAGGAGUCACCUUGAAGAGAGAUGAUAAAUCACUUUUAAUGAAAAGUAAGCAACUCAGUCUAGUGAAAUGUGCCAGGAGAUGCAAUCGGAAUAAGAGCUUGCCAUUUGGUUGUAGGGCUUUCUUCUAUGACAGAAAAUUGAAUCGAUGCUCAUGGCUUUCUUUUAACACCAAGACAGCAAGUGUUAGGAAAGUGGAAGACUUUUCAUUUGAUUUGUAUGAAAAAAAAGAUUAUAUAAGAGAAUGCAUAGUUGGCAAUGGUGCAAACUAUAAAGGUUCACAGUCUGCCACAAAGACUGGUCUGAAAUGCCAGGCAUGGAGCUCUAUGGUGCCACAUGAACAUAGCUUUUUGCCUUCGAGCUACCGAAAUAAGGACCUGCAGGAGAACUACUGCAGAAAUCCCGACAAUGAGACUUCAGGACCUUGGUGUUUUACUACUGAUCCUGAUGUUCGGCAUCAGUCUUGUGGGAUUCCUCAGUGCUCUGAAGUUGAGUGCAUGACAUGCAAUGGAGAAAACUACAGAGGACACGUGGACCACACUGAGUCAGGGAAGGAGUGCCAGCGCUGGGACUUGAUUAAACCACAUAAUGACUUAUUUUACCCAAAACGGUAUCCUGAUAAAGGCCUUGAUGACAAUUACUGUCGAAAUCCUGACAACAGUCCCCGGCCAUGGUGCUUCACUCAGGAUCCCAUCCCCCAAAAAGAGUAUUGUAACAUUAAAGUUUGUGAUGAAAGUAUGAAACUAGAUCCUGACAUCACUUAUAAGUGCUUUAGAGGUCAAGGUGAAAAGUACAGAGGAACAGUUAACGCUACUCCUAGUGGUGUCAAGUGCCAGCAUUGGGAUUCUCAGUUUCCACACAACCACUCAUACACUCCACAAAAUUACAAAUGCCAAGAUCUGAGAGAAAACUAUUGCCGGAACCCAGAUGGUGCUGAAUUACCCUGGUGCUUCACUACUGAUCCAAAUGUACGAGUUGCUUUUUGCACUCACAUCCCAAGGUGUACUUCAGAGACGUCUGACACAGAAGUUUGUUAUAAUGGAAGUGGUGAAGAUUACAGAGGGUAUGUAUCCAAGACCAGAUCUGGAAUUCCUUGUAAAUUAUGGGACAGAAGCCCCAAAAAUAAGAGUAACUAUGCUGAUGCUGGAUUGGAAAAAGCUUAUUGUCGGAAUCCUGACAAAGACAAACACGGUCCCUGGUGCUACACAAACAACCCUUCUUUUCCGUGGGACUACUGUGAUAUAAAGCGCUGCAAUGCCUCAUCAGAAUUAAAUAAGGAAACAUUUAAAGUUGUCCCACAAAAAUCAUGCGAUGUUCACAUUAAGACAACUAGAGUUGUUGGAGGAGGUCCAGUCAAAAUUAAAGAAGCCAGCUGGAUGGUUAGCAUACAAAAAGGAAAUACACACUGGUGUGGAGGAUCAUUAAUAAGAGAAGACUGGGUUCUCACAGCCAGGCAGUGCUUUUCUUCAUGCAUACCUGAUUUAACAGAAUAUACUUUGUGGGUGGGUUUCCUUCAUCUGAAUGAAACAGGACGAGAGAUAUCAAAUAAGCAGGUUCUAAAGAUAUCCCAUCUUGUCUGUGGGCCAGAAGGGUCUAACCUGGUGAUGCUGAAAUUAUCAAAGCCUGCUUUGCGCAGUGAGAAUGUUAGCAAUAUUUCACUUCCACAAGCCGAGUGUGUGAUUCAGGAAAACACCAACUGCACAGUUUAUGGCUGGGGUGAGACAAAAGGUACUGGGCAUGAUGGCAUUAUGAAAGCAGUUAAUCUACCAAUUGUUGGAAAUGAUAAAUGUAAUGAAUAUCACAAAGGGAGGAUCACAGUAAAAGAUUCCGAAAUCUGUGCUGGUGGAAAGAAAGAUGAAGGGACGUGUGAGAAGGAUCAUGGAGGCCCUCUUGUGUGCGAGUAUCAUGAAAUAAAAUUUCUACACGGUAUAAGUGUCCAUGGCAGAGGAUGUGGUCGUUUGAAUCGUCCUGGGAUUUUUGUUCGAAUAGCAUAUUACAGUCACUGGAUACAUAAAGUCUAUGAUCACCAACAAGCCUGAGGCACCUACAACACCUACUUGGUCUAAUGAGGAGUGAACUACGUGGCCCAUAUGCUACCUGAUGGAAUUAUUCAUUGAGGACAUGUUCUGUCUCCUGCUCAGAUUAAAUGUGCUUCCAUCUCAGUACUUCAGACAAGUCCUAUCAGAGAUGGCCUGUGGUAUGGAGCAAUUUUUCUGUCUCACAUUUUUGGGCCUGUAGCUGGAGCACACAUAAAUGAACUAGCCGAUGAACUACUACUGGUGGCUAAUGUCGUCUCUGAGGCCCUUGCUACAAAUGGGAUCAAAUGGCCCAGAGUAUGCUUUUAGGAGCCUAGGUAGGCAUCUGUAAGAUGAUAGAACAAAAAUGUUCCUCCUACAAUCCAGACACUUCUCAAAAGUUUUCCGACCUCCUCUGUAAGGGUCUUAAUGUGGCUGUUUCAGUUUUUGCUCCCAAUUGGACAUCAUGAAUACCGACCGACUGUUUCACGAUUUUUUGUCUUGGUUAAAACCAGUAUUUGAUGCAUUAUUAACUUUUGUCAUCAUCAUUUUCUUCAAAUGCUAUUUUUAUGCCAUCUGUCACCAAUAUCAU